AUGAGCGAACAGCGCUGGGACGCAUUGCAGGACUACAGGCUGGAAACACAACAAGCCCAAAACUCGCGCUAUGUGACGCACAUCGUUGAAGACCCGGACCAGCCACCUUCGACUCCCUCACGAGUUGAGGGACAGGUGUAUCUCCAAACCUGUGUAAGCGGCGGUAGGCACUACAAGCUACGAGCCUUGAAAACGAUACAAUGCGAUGGAGAUGCUGGAAAGAAGCGACAAGUACGAGAACUGGAAACGAUGGUCAAGUUCUCACAGCAAAAGUAUUCCAGAUAUUUCGUCCGGAUGCUGGGGUGGUAUGAAUCCGAAAGGAACCUGUGUAUUGCGAUGGAGUACUUCCCCGAAGGUGAUCUGCAAUCCUACAUACGUGAUCGAGCGCGCUUGAACGAGGGAGAGACCCAGGAAGUGAUAAGCCAAGUUCUAAAAGGGCUGGCUAUUAUGCACAAGUCUGGGCUUGCGCACCGAGAUAUCAAACCGCAAAAUAUUCUCAUUCAACAAUGUCCGAAGCCGAAUGCUCCUGCUUCCUGGUGGGUGAAGCUCGCGGAUUUCGGGAUCAGCAAGAGAACAGACUCAAUGUUUACUGUAUCUGGGAGAGCAGUUGGCACUCUCCAGUACAUGGCCCCUGAACUCGUUGACAUUUCAGAGACAGAUUUGGACGUGAAUUACCAAUCAACGGAUAUAUGGGCAGUCGGCGCCAUGACCAUGUAUAUAUUGACAGGCGUACGCGAUUUCCGGAAGCGUCGUCUUGAAUGCAAAGAUAUACAAGAUGCAAGCAACAUCCUACCACAAGGAUACGAAAUGAGUUCGGAUGGGUUGGAUUUCGUUUUCAGAUCGACCUUUGAAAGUCCAAGCGAGAGACCAAAAAUCAACGAGAUAAUAGCGCAUCAGUGGGUGAGCCAGCUCAUACCUAGACUGGCUAUUCCGGCUGUGCCAUUCACGAAUAAUGAUGAGUACGAACUCCCGGAUCGACGAGAAACUCAUAGAGCUAAUGCUUUUAGCUCCGUGCCCUCAUCCCCCGAUAGCUUGCUGUGCACUGAAGAAGAAAUAACGGACCUAGCGACGAAACUCACCGGGAUGGGCUUUGAGCAUAUACCCAGUCUUGAGAUUCCUGGCAAAGGCAAGACCAUCGAAACAACCGUCGAAAAAACCGUACAGCCUGCCGCGCUGGACUACCUCAUUAUGUCCGAGGAGGAGAAGACCAUACAAAGUGAAUUGGAUAAGUCUCUCCUCUCCGCAGCGAACAAGGGAGAGUUUGGACUGGCCCAGCAGCUCUUAGAUAUGGGAGCGGACCUAGAAACUCGAGAUAAGCGCUCGAGUACGCCGCUUUAUAUCGCCGCUUACCGUGGGCAUCCAAGGGUUGUCGAGCUUCUUGUUAGCAGAGGAGCCAGUGUUGGAGCUACCAAUAUCGAACGAUGGACGCCUAUCAAUGUGGCAGCCUCAUUUGGGCAUCUGCAAAUUGUGAGACUUCUGUGGGAGAAAGGGGCUAAUAUAACCACGCCCAAUCAGGAUGGAUGGACUGCUUUAUAUUCGGCGUCUCGGUAUGGGCAUUUUGACGUGGUGGAGUUUCUUGCCGAUAAAGGGGCUGAUAUUAGCAAACGAGACAACCACAGAAUGCCUCCUUUGCUGGCAGCCGCUAGCCACAACUAUGUCAACAUAGUACAACUGUUAUCUGACAGAGGGGCUGAUUUCAUUAGUUCAGAUGGCCAGGGGCAGACUCCUUUGCUCGUUGCAGCUCUCAAUGGAUAUGUUGAGCUUGUCCAACUAUUGAUUGGCAAAGGUGCCGCCACAGUGUCAACCGGGGCCGGUGCAUCGAUCCCCCUAUAUGCGGCAGCCCAUAAUGGACAUGUUGAUGUCGUGGAGCUGCUUUGUGAUGCUGGGGCUGACAUCGAGGCGUGUGAUGAAGAAGGGCAGACUCCCUUCACUGCAGCAGCCUCAAACGGGCACAAGGAGACGGCCAAGUUACUCAACCACGCACAAACAUCGCGUUUGAUCAGACAUAACAACUUUCAACCCCUGACUGGCAAAUGCGUCAAGGUGCGCCAGGCGAAUAUACCGCGAAGGUUGAUAUACCACUCCACGUCAUCCAAGUCCUCCACCGAAUACCUCAGCGAUGCGUCGAAGCGCAAACUGUUCGCUGUGUCUAUAUCAGAAGAGGAGACUACUAAUGCAGCAGACCAGAAAUUUUGGGUUCUACACAGCGGCGCAUCAAAGACUGGUGCUGUGCUCGCGGCUGGAGGCGAGAUCGCGAAGGGAAUUCAGACAACCACACUGGACUCCAUUAUCAAUGUCGCAGCCCCUCGAGGGACAAAGGAGGCGAAGAAGGAGAUACCCUUAACCACGAUAUUACGAGCAGGCCUCACGGAGGAUGGGCUGACCGUCAUAUUCCGUUUUACUGUGAAUCACGUCUUUCAGUGGAGACGGGUAGUGAAGGAUGAAGGAGUUCUGGGGAGCCCAAGAGAAUUCAAACUUUACCGCCUUGAUGAGCCGGGAAUCGAUCUGGCAGAUCCCAGAGUUCUCGAUAAGGCGACUAGUGAAGGAGACAAGAGUGAUUCGUUGGCGUCUUUCCGCAUGGAUGGCGAGCCUGGUGACUCGAAAGCGUUCAAGUUUCAUCUUCUAUCCGAGUUAAGUAACCGUGAGGCUCUGAUGGCUCUCACGUCUUUAUCUAUUCGGAGCCUUACGAAAAAGGGCCGGGCAUCAGUCAAUUAUUUGAGGGCUAUCAUUGGUUUUGAUCUGAUUUAG